AUGGGGGAUUUUGUCGUCGUUGUCGUCGUCGUCGUGCAGCAACAGCAGCAGCAGCAGCAGCAGCAGCAGCAGCAGCAGCAACAGCAGCAGCAGACGCCGCAACAGCAGGUGAUGAGAGAAACUUCGGGAGCAGCAGCAACAGCAGCAAAGGCAGAAGCAGCCAAUGAGAGAAACUUCGGCAGCAGCAUCAGCAACAGCAGCAGCAGCAAGAGUAGCAGCAGCAGAAGCUAG